UUGCCUAGCAACCGCCUUGUGGCAAAUGCACUUCACAAGAACUCUACAAGGGAACAACAGUCACCUUGAAACUUCCCUCCAAAAAGACAUUAGAAAUGAUAUCUCUGCAUUUUGGCCUGUUAUAGAGAUUGGAGAGGAGGAGGAAGAAUCAAAUCAGCCUAUUGCUCUGAGGAACUGUUUUCGCCUGCAAAGGAACAGUUUCCUUGAGAAGCUCAUCAAAACCUGCCCAGCUUGGCUUCAGUUUGGCAUCAGUCUGGAGAAGGCUUCUGAAAUACUCUGCAAGGAACCAGCAGGGAUAUUUAUGGUUCGGAAAGAUGAGACCCUGAAAAAUCUAUUUCUGUUAGUUCAUUUUCCAGCCCAGGAAGAGGGUUGUGAUAUUCUAGAAUACAAGAUAAAAGAAGAAAAGUCAUUAUUGUACCUGGAAGGAUCUCUUCUUGUGUUUGAAGACAUCUUCAAACUGGUGGCAUUCUACUGUGUCAGUAGAGACCUACUUCCGUUCACGCUAAGAUUGCCACAAGCAAUAUUGGAAGCCAAAAGUGCUACAGAACUAGAAACCAUCUCUGGUUUGGGGAUAGGUUUCUGGGACUCCUCUUUACAUCAAAGACCAGGAAAAAGGCUUCCCUAUUCUGUGAAAGAUCCUGCUUACAUCACAGCCCAAGCAAAAAAAGGAAAGACCUCUAACCAGCAUUUUGCAAGUGGCACAAACAAUUGUUCAUGUGAAAUUGAGCUGUCAAUAGGAAGUGACAGGCUGUGGUUUGUAAAUCCUAUUUUUAUAGAGGAGAGCAGCUAUCAAAUUCCUCCAGAUGUUCCUCCUUCAGAGAUCUUCAGGGAGAGCCCUUCUGGUGGUAGAAACAUUGUGAUAAAACCUCCAAAGAGAUCUCCCAAUCGACCCCCUCCUCCUCCUCCUCCUCCUCCUCCUCCUCCUCCUCCACCACCACCACCACCACCACCACCACCACUUUUAUUAUCUUUUCAUGCUGUGAAACAAACUGAAACAUCUUCUAUGACCCCUUCCAAAGAGGAUCAGUUCCAGAGUUUGGAGAAAACAAAAAAAGAGAUGAAAACUGAAAUUAGCAGAGACAAAGAAGACGGCAGACAAGAGCUCUUUUUUCCUCAUAGCCUUCCAUCUACAAAUUCAAAGAAGAUUCCUCCAUCCAUUCCACCAAGGCGAUGUUCAUCUGAGAGAACUUCAGGAAACACCUCCUUUGAUAAAAGUCAGAAAUGUUCACUGUCGGAAGAAAAACAAGUAGAAAAACAGAACAAGAGGAAUGACGCUUUCGCUAGUGAUCAAUGUGAUGAGGCUGCACAUGUAUUGGCGGAAGUGAUGGAGAAAUCCACCUCAGAUGAUCAAAAAGUGAAACCUAAUGGAGAGGACAAGAAGGAGCUUAUAGAACAGCAGCAGAACCUAUCAGGAAAACCCACGCAGCCUCCCAUCCCACCCCGAAGAAAGAAGAGGUUCUUUAAACAGUCAUCAUCUACCAGCUCUUGUUCUUUGGAGCACACUGAAGAGUCAGAAGUAUCUGUACAAGAAAACAAGCAAAGAGUAGAAGAAACUUGCUCCAUUUCAAAAAGGGAAUCAAAAUCUGACCUCAAGCUUGUCAGCAUAUCAGAUUGUGAACAUUCACAUGAUUCAUUGCAUUGUCCAGUAGGCAAUGCAGGUGCUCAAAUAUCUGCCUCUGAGCCAGAUUCUUAUUCUACAAGUAGCACUGAAGAUGAGUUCGAAUUGAUGACCAGUCCUACUGUGAAGAAGACCCGUUCUAUGAUUUUAGGCAGGGCCAGGCGUCGUCUGUCCAUGGUCAGCCUAAGCAAUGUCUUCACGGCAUUUCUCUCUUCUGACCGAAAGCUCCAGAAGAAGAUUGUGGAACUGGCCCAGGAUAAAGUCUCUUACUUUGGCAACUUGGUGCAGGACUAUAAAGUAUACAGUCUGGAGAUGAUGGCAAAGCAGAUCUCCAGCACAGAAAUGCUACAAGAGAUCCGCCUAAUGAUGACACAACUGAAGAGUUACUUAAUUCAAAGUACAGAGUUGAAAUCUUUAAUGGACCAGGCUGUUCACACAGAUGAGAAGCUAGAGGUGAUAAUAGAGUCGGCUUUGCACAAAUGUGUCUUGAAGCCUUUAAAAGAGCCCAUUGAUACUUACCUACGGGAAAUCCAUAACAAAGAUGGAUCUUUCAAACUCCUAAAAGAAAACCAGCAAGUCAUACAAAAUACAACUACAACUGACCUGGGAAUCACCACUAGUGUCCCUGAAUCAGCAUUGCUGGAGAAAAUACUGCACAAAUUCACAACCAUGAACAAGGCUUAUUCUCCAGAAAAGAAAAUCAGCAUUCUACUGAAAUCCUGCAAACUCAUUUAUGAUUCUAUGACUCAGGGAAAUCCAGGGAAGCUUCACGGAGCAGAUGACUUCCUCCCAGUGCUCAUGUAUGUUCUUGCCCGCAGUGACCUGACAGAGAUGAUUCUCAAUGUAGAGUAUAUGAUGGAACUUAUGGACCCUGCUCUGCAGCUGGGUGAAGGUUCUUAUUAUUUAAUCACUACUUAUGGGGCAGUAGAGCUUAUCAAAAGCUAUGAUAAGAUCACAGUCACCCGACAGCUAAGCACUGAAGUUCAAGAUUCCAUCCACCGCUGGGAGAGACGGAGAACCCUUAACAAAGCCCGGGGAUCUCGAUCGUCCGUUCAGGAUUUCAUUGCAAUUUCUUUUAUGGAGGCUGAUGCCAAAACAAGGACACUGGCAUACCGGACAGACUCCACAACUCAUCAGCUGGUUCAGCAGUGUGCUGAGAAAUUUGAAGUCUCAGAGCCCCAGGACUAUGGACUGUUUGUCCAGGUUGAUAACAAAACAAUGCAGAUGGACGAUGAUGCCCUCCCUCAUCAAAUCAAAUCCCAUCUCCUGAACAAAGAGCCCAAGCUGACUUUCUACUUUAUUUAUAAACAACUUGGUGGUGAAGAGUCACCAAUUCCCAUUAUCAAGGAUACAGAUGCCUUGUAGCAGCAAGAUUGCUCUUUUGAAGCAAACAUAGUUCAGAGGAUUUAGAUAUGUUUUCUUUCAAACCAUCAGCAGAAACUCUCCAAAAUACAGCUUCUGAUCUGAAUGAUGAUAUGGAUAGCAUGUGCAAUCCUCCUCUGGGGCAUUUUCUUGACAGAAUUCAUUUGCAGUCAUAAAUGAAAUAUCCAAGCAAAGUUCAUUCUUGGAAGGAGAAAAACACUUGAAUAGUAGUUUAGAGCCUCAAAUCAUGAGUGAAUGAUAUAGCCUUAGUGCCAGAUUCCCAGGUACAAAGUAGAUAGUCUUGAAGUUAUGGACAUCUGGCAGAUUCUCAGGCAUUGUAGCAUCAUCUCCUCAGUGUUCAACAGAAAGGGCGCAAGUCAUUUUUGGUGGUUGCCACAAAAAGUCCAGGUGGACUUCCCUUUAGUAGAAUAAAAAUUAAUAGUAAACUCAGUAGUUCACAGUGAACUAUGUAGUUCACUGACUAGACUAGAUUCUCACAUAUCCCACCUGAGAUGGCCCACCGUGCUCUGUCUAAUGGUAAGCUGACAUGGGAUGCUGUAGAAGUCUGUGCACUUACAGAAAAGAUCAGAGUAUCAGUACAGUAUCUACUAAUAUUAAGAAAGAUUUUGAGAGGCCACCUCUCUAAUUCGUUCCAAGUUUUUGAUGUAUUCUCUAGCUGCGCACAUUGUAUCACAGUCAUUGCACAUAGACGCAUCUUUAUAUUUUCAGGGACAAAGUAAUUUGCCAUGAAGAUAUGGUUGACAAUCAAGAGUCUGAUCAUGAAUUAAUGUAAAAAUGUUUUCAUUCCAUGUCUUCUCCAAAAUUUGUCCCCAUUAUCCUUCAUAAAUUCAUAUUCAGGAGUGUAUCAAAAGCAGUUUUGCAACAGUAAUCUACUUCUCAAAGGAGAAGAACCAUAUGUUAAAGGUCGAACCUUUACUUUUGCAUGCCAAACCCUCUGUGUAGGACUGACAAAGAUACCUGUUUAAAAACUAGGGUGAACCAUUGGCAGUCAGUUUAGAUGUGUGUGUCAGAGUCUAACUCUGUGUUAGGCAACUACCUUUGUACCUGGAUGAAGAAGGAAUGCAGUAGCAUAAGAAGAGAUGAGACAGUAGAGAGGGCCAAGAAAAAACCCGAAAGCUUUCAUGAAUUACAGACCACUUCAUUUAUCUGUGUCUUUAAGCUGCCACAGGAUUCUUCACUGUCAUUAUAAUUGGGGCUAUGAACAAACAUCUUCCGUGUAAUAUGAUGCAAAAUUUGGGAGUUUAGGUAAAUCCUCUACACAUUUCACUGUGUGUACAGAAUGUGGCUCUUCAGAGCUCUCCACAGCAGUACAAAGCCAGACAUACACAACCUGGAAAUGAGAAGCUGAGCCUUGUAUGUUAUGGAGUUCAGCAUGCGAUGAUGGUUUUUGUAUAUAAGUAUGUGAUGCAUACAAUCAUCUUUCAUCAAAAAUGCUGAUUUGUACAGCAUAUCUAUCUGUCUCUAUCAUCUGUAUGUCUGUCUGUCUGUCUGUCUAUCUAUCUAUCAUCUAUAGGUAGUCCUAGUUUGACAACCACUUGUUCAAGUGAUCAUUUGAAGUUAUGACGGCGCUGAACAAAUGGUACUUACAACUGGUCCUUGAAGUUCCAGCUGUCCCAGUACCCCCAUGGUCAUAUGAUUGUGAUCUGGGCAUUUGGCAACCCAUUUGCAAUUAUGACAGUUGCAACAUCCCAUAGUCAUGGGAUUGCUAUUUUCAACCUUCCCUGUUGGCUUCCCACAAGCAAAAACAAUCGGUAAGCUGGCAGGGAACAUUGCAAGUCACUCUGGUAAGUCACCUGCACUAACCCCCACCUGGCAUCCAUACACCCUCCCCUAUCUGGCAGCAGCCACCCCCACCCCUGCCACACUCACACCAUGCCUUGUGGCCACCCACACAUUCUGCCCUGCCCAGCAGCAGCCACUUAUCUACCUGCUGGCUUGCUUGUGAGCUACCUGGGACUUGCUUAACAACCUAUGAUCCUUGCUUAACAACAGCAAUGGGGAGUGCCAGGAUUGUUGUCGCUAAGUGAUG